GUCUCUCUGUGUAUGCAUUUGUUUAUUUCUUCAGAUGCAGUGACAAGAUUUAAAGUGAAUGAGACCACUACAGAUCUGAGCAUUUCUGUGAAAGAAUCUGGCCAGCUAAGAUUCGUCAGCAAUGAUCCUUGUGACUUCAAUGGGAGAGAAAUCUGUGAUUCUCAUAUCAAGGUAGAUAAAAAUCUGCAGAAUCCUUGGGAAUCUGAUGAAACUAGAAAGAGCUUCAUACAAUAUUCAGACUUAAAUCACUAUAAGACAAUGACCCCAAGGAAUGACUGUUUUCAGUACAGAAAACACAGGGAAUGCUUUACUGAACAGGUAGAGCUUAUUCAGUCCCAUAAGAAGCCUCCUGAAAUGCAAAUAUAUCAAGGUAAUCAACAGAACAUGGCCUUCAACUUGAGCUCAGACCUCACCCGACACCUGAAAAGUUAUACUGGCAAAAAGGUUUAUUCAUGCAAUCCAGGGAAAAAAGGCUUUAGUUGGAAUUCUAAGAUCAUCAGUCAUCGAAAAAUGUACACCGGCAUGAAGCCUUAUGAAUGUAAUGAAGCUGUAGCAACCUUAACCCAUCACUCAUCUCUUUCUUACCAUCCUGGAUUUCAUACUGGAAUGAAAACACAUGCAUGUAAUCAAUGUGGAAAGACUUUUCGUUCAAAAUCAAAUCUACUUACACAUCAGAAGAUUCAUACUGGAGAGAAGCUUUAUAAAUGUAAUGAAUGUGGGAAGGCUUUCAUCUAUAGAUCAUACCUUAUUAAGCAUCAUGUAAUUCACACCAGAGAGAAACCUUAUGAAUGUAACCAGUGUGGAAAAACUUUCAAACAGAAUUCCAGUUUGGUCAAACAUCAACGAAACCACACUGGAGAGAAGCCUCAUGAAUGUAUUCAUUGUGGAAAGACUUUUCAGCAUAAGUACAGGCUCACUUCACAUCAGAGAAUCCACACUGGAGAGCAGCCUUACAAAUGUAAUCAGUGUAUGAAAGCCUUUGCCUACAGAUCAAGCUUUUUGGAACACCAGAAAAUUCACAGUGGAGAGCAACCUUACAAAUGUAAUCAAUGUAUGAAAACAUUUGCCUACAGAUCGAGCUUUUUGGAACAUCAGAAAAUUCACAGUGGAGAGAAACCUUAUAAAUGUAAUCAAUGUGGGAAAGCUUUCCUAAGGAACUAUAACCUUGCAACACAUCAGAGAAUUCAUACUGGAGAGAAACCGUACAAAUGUAAUCAAUGUGGGAAAGCUUUCCUGCGGAACUCUAACCUUGUUACACAUCAGAGAAUCCACACUGGAGAGAAGCCUUAUAAAUGUAAUCAGUGUGGAAAGGCUUUUCAGCACAAAUACGGACUUGCUGCACAUCAGAGAAUUUACACUGCAGAGAAAUCAUAUGAAUGUAAUCAAUGUGGAAACUCUUUCCAACAGAAAUGCAGACUCACUGCACAUCAAAGAAUCCACACUGCAGAGAAACGUUAUAAAUGUAAUCAAUGUGGAAAGGCUUUUCAGAAGAAGUUCAAGUUUAUUGAACAUCAGAGAAUCCACACUGGAGAGCAACCUUACAAGUGUAAUCUCUGUGUAAAAGCCUUCUCCUAUAAAUCAAGCUUUCUGGAACAUCAGAGAAUUCACACUGGAGAGAAACCUUACAAAUGUAAGCAAUGUGGGAAAGCUUUCUUACGUAACCAUGACCUUGCCACACACCAGAGAAUUCACACUGGAGAGAAACCUUAUGAAUGUAAUCAGUGUGGAAAAUCUUUCCCAAGGAAGUGCAAGCUUGCUGCUCAUCAGAGAAUUCACAGUGGAGAGAAACCUUAUGAAUGUAAUCAAUGUGGGAAAAAUUUCAGACAGAGUUAUAGUCUUGCUACGCAUCAGAGAAAUCACACAGGAGAAAAACCUUAUAAAUGUAAUCAGUGUGGAAAGGCUUUCCAGAAGAAGUAUAGACUUGCUGCACAUCAGAGAAUUCAUACUGGAGAGAAACCUUAUAAAUGUCAUCAAUGUGGGAAAGCUUUCCUACGUAACUCUGAUCUUGCUGUACAUCAACGAAUUCACACUGGAGAGAAACCUUAUGAAUGUAAUCACUGUGGGAAAGCUUUCCAACGUAAUGCCAACCUUGUGGCACAUCAGAUAAUUCACACUGGACAGAACCCUUAUGAAUGUAAUCAAUGUGGAAAGGCUUUCAGUUAUCUCUCUAGUUUGAUUAAACAUCGGAUUACCCACACUGGAGAGAAACCUUAUGAAUGUAAUCAGUGUGGUAAAUCUUUCCAUCAUAACUCCGAUCUUACUGCACACCAGAGAGUUCACACUGGGGAGAAACCUUAUGAAUGUAAUCAAUGUGGAAAAGCUUUCAGAUAUCACUCUAGUAUUGCUAAACAUCAGAGAACCCACACUGGAGAGAAACCUUAUGAAUGUAAUCAGUGUGGAAAGUCUUUCCAACAGAAGUAUAGCCUUGCUGAACACCAGAGAAUUCACACUGGAGAGAAGCCUUAUAAAUGUGAUCAGUGUAUGAAGGACUUCUGUUCUAGAUCAACCUUUUUGCAACAUCAAAGAAUUCACACUGGAGAGAAACCUUAUGAAUGUAAUCAAUGUGGGAAAGCUUUCAAACGUAACUGUGACCUUGCUGCACAUCAGAGAAUUCACACUAGAGAGAAAUCUUAUGAAUGUAAUCAAUGGGGAACAGCUUUCUGAAUCAAGCACAGUCUUACUAAACACCAGCAAAUCCACACUAAUAAGAAACUUUAGGAAUAUAAUCAGUGUUGUAAAGCAGACAGUCAACAAUCAUCCCUUCAUUCCCAUUGGAGUAUUUAGACUAAAUAGAAAUCAUCACUGUAAUGAAUGAGAAAGAACAUUCAAUGAAAUACAGAACUUGUUUAUAUCAGAAAAAUCAUUCUGAGAAGGAACUCUAAAUUGAUUUAAUGUCAGAAAUGCUUCAGCCAGAAAUUAUCUUUUACUUUAUAUCAGAUGGUUCAAUGUGGAGAAAAGACUUAAGAAUGUUCUCAAAGGGGACAUGCUUUGUUCUGGAAGAGAGAGUUGAGUAGAUAAAAAUAUUCAUAUUGGGAUGAAGGCUUAAAAAAACAAGAUUUAUGGGAAAAGCUUCCUUCACCUACAGCUCAUAUUUGACUGUACAUUGAAAAAAAUCAUGCUGGAGAUAAGAGUCUUAGAUCUAAUUAAGAAGGAAAAGUUUCAUUGCUGAUGCUUCAUUUGUCUUCCGAGGCUGAGACACCUCAAUGGAAAUCUCAAAUUUCAUAUUGUGCAUAAAGUCUUAUAAAUAUAAUGAACUUUUCUUUGCUGUUUGUCUUUACUUUUCAUUACUUCACAGUAUUCAUAGCCUAUACUUUUUUUCAGCCUUUCCACAAUUAAUUAGUACUCAGUUUGUUUCCUGUUGUUUGCUGACACAAGAAGUCCUCAUAUAAAUAUUUUGGUAUCUGUUUUGAGAUGUAUUUCUGCCAUGCUUUCUUCAGCAGCUAAGUAGUCCAAUAAAUUGAAUGCUAUAUUAAGAGCCACAAAA